GUUCCCUUCCCGCCCCCAUCGGCUCUGGCGGCCCAGCCACGAGGGACCGACCGGCCCCGUCCGAGCGCUGCCUCUACCCGCCGUGACUACGUGUCCCAAGCUCCUUUGCGCAAGGCCGAGCUCGCGAGAACUCUCAGUCGUAGCCGAGAUCCGGCCCGGCUCCCUUUGAACCUUUGUUUUUGUUAAAAUCUCAAUUCCCGCGGAAGCGCUUCGAAGCCGGUUUUCCCUUCCCGGCCAAGGGUCAUCGUCACGGCAACGCAUGGGGCGGAGCCCGAAAGCUGGGCCAAUCAGAUGAGAGCAUCGUACGAAGCUGUCCAAUGGGAGCACAGGCGGGGCGCUAUUUGAAGCUGAGGGCGGUGCGCUAAGAUAAUAGUGUAGUAGCUGUAUCAAGAGGCGGAAGGGGUGUAGGGGUCGCGCUCGCUCUUACAGCCCGACCGUCUCCAGUCAAGAGCUGCCGUCCUCAUGGCGCUGGUCCGGCGCGCUGCGGUGAUGACAUAAGAGAACCCAGUUUGGUCACUGGAUCAUCUCCAUGGAAAUUCAGCUUUAGUUACAAUUGGGUGGACACACUAAAUAGCUAAGCCACAGAUUACUAGAGGGGUGGAGAAUGCUAUGACAGGACUUAACAACAAAGCCAAAAGUCAAGUGACUAACAAAAGGGCUGCUUUGGAAGAGAUUGGGAAUAGAGUUACAACCAGAGGAACACAUGCAGCCAAGAAAACAGAGAGCUUCAAAGUACCUGUAAAAACUACAAAAGGAGCUACUAAACCAGCAAAUGUAACUGCACAACCUAAACCUCCAGCUGCAGUGAAUUUCUCUCUUGAAGAGACUGUUCCAAAGAUCCUGUCUCCAACCCCUAUGGAUGUAUCCAUGAAAGAAGAGGACCUAUGCCAAGCUUUCUCUGAUGUGCUGCUUAACAACAUAGAGGAUAUUGAUGCUGAUGACUGGGAAAAUCCUCAACUCUGUAGUGACUAUGUAAAGGAUAUUUAUCUGUAUCUGAGGCAGCUUGAGCUGCAGCAAUCAGUACGUCCACACUACCUCAAUGGGAAGGAGAUCAAUGGGCGUAUGCGUGCAAUUCUAGUUGAUUGGCUGGUUCAGGUCCACUCAAGGUUUCAGCUCUUGCAGGAAACACUGUAUAUGUGUGUUGCGAUUAUGGACCGCUUCUUACAAAUUCACCCAGUAUCCCGUAAGAAGCUUCAGCUGGCCGGUGUUACAGCAUUGCUUCUUGCCUCAAAGUAUGAGGAGAUAUUCUCCCCUGAUAUUGCGGAUUUUGUUUACAUCACUGACAAUGCAUACUCCAGCUCUCAGAUCAGAGAGAUGGAAAUGAUGAUUCUUAGGGAGCUGAACUUUGACUUGGGACGCCCUCUACCACUCCACUUCUUAAGGAGAGCAUCAAAAGCUGGUGAGGCUGAUGCUGAGCAACAUACACUAGCAAAGUACCUGAUGGAGCUGACACUCGUAGACUAUGAUAUGAUACACCAUCAUCCUUCGGAGAUAGCAGCUGCUGCCUUAUGCUUGUCUCAAAAGGUUCUGGGGCAAGGCAAAUGGGGUGUAAAGCAGCAGUACUACACUGGGUAUGCAGAAGACAAUCUUGUGCUAAUUAUGCAACAUAUGGCCAAGAAUGUAGUAAGAGUAAAUGAGAACUUAACAAAAUACACUGCCAUAAGGAACAAGUAUGCAAGCAGCAAACUCAUGAGGAUCAGCACAAUUCCUCAACUGAACUCCAAAACAGUCAAAGACCUUGCUUCAUCUCUCUUGGGAUAAUCCUAGGGAGACAAUUCCUACUCCAUGCACUUUGUCAACAUGUGCCUAUUGAGGCACAACUGCUGCUUUUGUACAUAGCCUUCAAUCUUAGUACAGACACCUCAGAUUCACUCUGAAAGCAAACUUUUAAACUUGCCCUUUAAUGCUCUUGUAUAUCUAGAAAUAAAGCUCCUUUUUAAAAAAAGAAAACCUCUCCCUGGGCAUUACUUACAGUAAGUGUAGAUGGUGCUUAUGAGAACUUGACUUUCAGAAGAAAUGUGAAAAGACCUCCUUAAUUAGUAAACUUUGGGUAGACUUAAGAUGACCCCCUCCUAAUAGGCCAGCAGUCAGAACCUUCACUGUCUAAAACAAAGGGUUCUAGAGUAUGUAGUUGACAUGAAUGUGGCAAACAGAAGGGUGUCUAGCAGUAAUCUACACUCAUAAGCUGGAGCAGCCUGGCUUUUGGGGGUGGGGGGAGAGUAAAAUCUUCAGUUGCCUCAAAUUGGGCAAAGUAGUACAUGCAGAGAUGUCUCUUAUAUCUUAUGUAGUUGUAGUCCCAUAACAAGCCCCCUGAAUGUCUACGUUUAGUAACUAGAGUUAACCAUUGCCUGAUGCAUGGAGGCCAGCAGAAGUGGGGCAUGUAUAAGCUAUAAACUGUCUAGACAUGAAGUACAGCUAUUCUUGCAGGGCUGAGCUGAUUGGAAAAUGGAAAAAAUCAUCCACCCCUAUAGCUGACACUUAACUUAAUUCCAAUCCAUGUAACUGAAGCUUCCUACUGCUAUUGGAAGGAGGAAGAUAGUAGGAAACUGGCAAUUAGAGUAAAGAAAAGGGUUCCCCCUCCUAGAGCUGCUGGAGUUAAGCUAGUGAAACUACUACUGAGUUCAUUAUGAACUAUCCCAAUGGAAGGCUAUGGGGCUAGAGAACAUGUGAUUUGGGUGUUCACCUAGGAGGUGGGAGACCCACUUGAUUAGGUACCUGUGCAGGGACUUGAAUUUGGAGUAGCUUCAACAGAAGACCAAAACCUGCCCCAGAAAAUCUUCUCCUCCUCUGCUCGCUAGAGUGCUUUCCUGCAAGGUGGGAGACCCAAGUUCAGACCUCUUCCCAAGUCCUGAAAUGGGUUAAGGCCUAAACUUUCAGUAAGUUUCAUGGCCAUUGGAGCAGUUCCAGGCUUAAUUAAACUACAUAUUGUACAGCACUCUCUGAUACUACCCUAGCUAGUCUCAAACCAUUUUAUGUGUGUUGAAAAUGAUAGUUUUGCCUCACCUACUGCACUGAGGGUGAUACUAAAGGUAAAUGUUUUGUUUUUGGUGGUGACCAUUCUACUGCAUACUACCAGGUCAGUGUGGUUGCCUGAACCCAUCUCUAUUUACAUCACUGUAGUGAUGAGGAGCCUUAUGUAGACCAAAAUUCCCUUUAAUCAGUGCUAUACAAACAGAACAAAUUUUGAGUACUUUAAGUGAGAAGGUGCCAUAUGCUGACCCUUCCAAUCAGUAUUAUCUCAACUCUGAAUUUUUAAUCUCCUCUUG